AUGUUUGCUUUUGCUCUCGAGGUCCAGAAGGUGACCCCUGAGGAGCUCGAGGUGGCCAUUGCCAACCGCGACAAGGCCAUUCUUGUCGACUUUUUCGCCACGUGGUGCGGGCCGUGCCUGCUGCUGGCGCAGGAGCUCGAAAAGGUUGCGGAGGAGAUGGGGGACAAGGUGGACAUCUUGAAGCUCGACGUGGAUGAGAACCCCGAGCUUGCGUCACAGCUGCAGAUCGCCGGCCUGCCCACGAUGAUCUUCAUCGGCACCGACGACAGCAAGCCCGCGCUGCGGUCCGAGGGGCUCAUGACGGCGGAGACGAUUAAGAACAUCCUCAAGAAGGACUUGAUGGUGGCCUGA